UCUAAGACACUGUCUACAGCUGAUACUCAGAUGUCUAAGACACUGUCUACAGCUGAUACUCCGCUGUCUAGGAUGUCUCUGCAGGCCUUUCCUCUUCCUUCGCUUCCCAACCCAUCAUCUCAGGGAAUCUUUGUUGCUGCUCUAGAGGAGUUCCCCUCGUUACACUCUCUUGAGACCUCUUUACUUUUUUCUUACUGAAGACUCACACAGGCAGUAUUCCCACCCCAGUAGAAUUUGAAUUCUGUGAGAACAGGGACUUGGCUUGUUCACCAUUCUUUACCCAGAGUUCAAAUGUGUAUUGAUUCCUAAGUUACACGCACCACUAAGUUACAUUAACACCUAGUUAAUCUGUGUCAUUGUAGGAUUCUUGUGGCUUUCUCCUGUUAGACUCAGGGAAGGGCCAUUUCCACUCUGCCUACUGAGGUAUCCCAGUAUCUGCACAGUAGGAGGCUUUCUCCAGAUGUGUACUGGGUACAUUUACCAUAACCAUGUAAAAAUACAGGAAAAAGCCACAACAACAACAACAAAACCACCCUAAGAAUUAUAAAAAUAUAACUUUUCUCAAAAUGAUAUUGUAAAAAAAUUUAAAAUUUAACCGAAAGAAAUAGCUCUUCUAAUACAUUGUAAUUAUAGCACACAUAUAACAAAAAGGCUAGCCAUAGACACAGUACCUAUAAUUACUCUAGUGUAAGAGAUUAGAUGUUUCUAAUUUUCCCUAGUCUAUCCAAAUGGUUGUAUCAUUUCUGCAUAGCUGUAAUCAUAGAUUCAAUUCUAUGUUUUCUUUCUUUUUUGUUUCACAUUUUGCUAGGAUUCUACAUUGCCUAUAUAAUUAUAGUUAGUAACUACAUGGUAUUCAUUUACAUUUGUGUACUUGAGUGUAGUCCUUACUUUAAGAUAUAUUUCCUGGAAUAGAAUUCAAAGUGUCCGAGUAUCCACAGGGAAAUAUAGAUUACUAGCUUCACUGGCCACAAUAUGGAAAAGACACAGUGAUGGGCAUGUGUGCAAGCAGAGUAGUGCUUGCUGUGGGACUGACUGUGAUGAUUUUUACAAGAGAAUUCAAGCUGCAUCAAGCCUAUAAGGGGGCUGGAGGGUUGUGUCCUCUGUAUAGGUUCAUAUAGAACAUCCUAAGUCAGGUAACUUCUGAAAUAAGAUGGGUAUGUCAGGAGAGGAGGAGGCUUCAGGCUUUUGGGAAACCAGCGAUUAGAGAGGGCUCUAAGAAAACAGACUUCAUAGACUGAUGAGAGACAUUCUUAAGGGAAAUGCCGAUAUUGCUUAGAAGCAGAUCCUGGGGGUCUUUUUGUUCUCUUGGUACAGGAGACGUCAAUAGAGACAGGGGUGACUAACCAGGUGACAGGAGGUGGCCACAGCAAAAAAGAGAGGCACAAGGGCAAAUCUGUAGGCUGUAGGCUGAACAUAAUAACGCUGCUGCCUAAUGCUUUUCAAAAUGCAAGUCUGGGCAGGAUGACCCCUGGCUUCUCAAAUGCUUUUUUAUAAAACAGCAGUAUCGUAGCCUCAAGCAGGAGUGAGUUACAGCCUUCUUGGUUCUUUGGCUUUAACUCCAAAGUGGCCACUUGACUGUCUUCUUGCUUGCUAUCUUCUUAGCAAUACAAAAACCCAACACUAAAGCCAGGCACAGUGACUCAAACCUAUAAUCCUAGCACUUGAGAAACUGAAGCAAAAGAUUGCCAUGAGUUCAAAGCCAGUCAGGGCUAUAUAGCAGAGACCUUAUUCUCAAACAAAACACACACACACACACAGCCCUAACACGUAUGCUUCCCAGAAGACCUUGAACAAAGGAUUAUAGCCACAGGAACUUGAAAUAAUUCCCCAAACACCAGAAGUUCCCAAAUUUGGAAACCAACAAUCCUAAAUUUUUCAUCAGUACUAAACUAUCUGCUUUUAAGCAAACUUCAAAAGACAAAGAGGGAUAUCAGAUGGCUUCAAGGAGCUACUGGUGAAUGGUUUGAAGAAAUUCAAAGAAAGAAAUUUUGCAAUGAAACAGAUGUUAGCCAGAUGUUAAAACCACCACUUACAUACAGGCUACGGAAGGGGAUGGCAAAAAAUGAUCCUAUGGAAUUACAAACAUCAAGAUCAAAAAACUUAAUAAACCAAAAACCAUCUGGUUCUCCCCGAAUGAGCUUCCGGUCAUCCUUUGCUUCACUGUUCUCCUUCAGAAGAUCUGGGAAGGAGCCGCUUAAGCUUCAGUCUCAGAGACCGAAGGGGUGUGAUGACCGUGUAGGACCUUCUGUGUCUGUGAGGGAUACAACCGCGGCAAAAAUAUACAAUUCACCCGUUGGGAAUCAACCCGUCGCCAGUGUGUUUGUCCCUAAGCCAGCCAUCAUGAGGGAGGAGAGUGGCGUGCCUCCGCCCUGGGAUUCUUCCCCACUGGAAAGUGAGUUCUUCCAAGUUUUAGAUGAUUUGGACAGCAAGCUGGCUCAGGAACAAUCUUCAGGCUCGGUAAACACCAGAGUGCCAUUCAACUACGGAUCAAGAACACCGUUCCAACAUUCUCACUCGAGUAGGAAUGGGCAUGGUCAUACCACAGGAAGGCACCAAAACUACCACAGUGAAACUUCCAACAUGUCCAUCUAUGACAUCCUGAGACCAGGAACUCCUAGAGAAGGCUUUAAAACCUUUUCUCCCAGGACAAAGACAAUUUACGAUAUGUACAGGACCAGGGAGCCCAGAGCCUUAAAAGAGGACUCCAUGCAAAAGAAUACGUUUGGCAGCACAUCCUUGUGCUUCGACGGCCGGCAGCGAUCAGCCUCACCAGCCACAGGGCGUUUUACUGCAAGGAGUUUACACUUUCCAGCCGCUACUCAAAACAAGAAUAGUUUUACACCAGUAAGGCACCAGCAAAGCCCCAAAAGAACUCCUUUAUCAUCCAUCAUGUGGAAUAGGUCAGAUUCUUCUAGACAUAGGCAGAAUCGGGAAGAAUCACUGGGGGCACCAUCACCAAUGGACAUUGACCCUGCUGAUCAGUAUGUGGCUCCUAAGUGUUUUCAGGAGAGUAGGAGGUAUGAGUUGUACCAUUCACAGAGUGCUUACCAAAGCAUCCCUUUAAAUGCCCCCAUGGACAAUGCAAUGAGUCCUGACACACUGGAGAACUCAGAGAAUAUGCCAUUCUACUAUCAGAAUAACCCAUUUGCAAGGUCUUUCUUUAGCAGUACCUUCAGACAGAGCAGAGAACAGAGAUUUGGACAGAAUUCCUUUUGGAGCCAACAGAAAGAGCAUUCUUUCUGGUCUGACUUACACCAGAGCAGGAAGCCAUUGCCUUCUGACAGGGACUUUGAAAUGAUUUCUGUUGAAGCAAAUAGGGUACCAUCUGUUUAUAACCAUGGUGUCCCUUCUCAACACUGGAGGCCACAUUCUCUGGACUGUGGAACAUAUGUUUUCAGAGGUCAAGAGGAUCCACAUUGCUGGCGAGCUGAUCUUCAAACAUCCCCACUGGAGAGCAUGGACACAUCACAUGUCAAUGAGAACGAAUUUCCACCCCAUUUUGUCACACCAGAUGGUUUUUCCAUGACUAGUUCAAGCUUCCACAUCCAAUCUUCUGGGUUGAACUACCAGCAGGGCCACUGUCCUGUAGACACAGCUGUAGAUGAGGAGCCUCGUCUGUGUGGCAAGGCUCAAACUCUAGUAUCCUCAUUCAGAACUUCCUUCCCCCUGAUUCCUGAUGACAGAAGGGAUUCUCAGAGUCCCAGCUUCCAGAACUCCACAGUUACUUUGGAGAAAAUAAUCCCUAAUAAACCAGCUUCUCUUCCAAUAAGAAACUGUACAGAAGUUACUGUGGCUGGUAGCCAUCCCACUGAAUCACUGUCUCUUAUUGAAACCCAGCCCAACACCCCAGUCACAGAAAUGAACAGUGAGAAAGACAUGAAUGAAUCUAUUUCAGGAAAUGAACAGCUAAACAAGGUGGGCCAGAAAAACAAGGCAAGUGGGUUACCCCAACCUGUUUCACAGACAGUGAUCGCUAAUGAUUUACCUGAUUUUCAAAAGGCCCACUCCCAACAGUCAACCCAAAAUGACAGGUUUGGCUUUAAUGAAUCUGCCACAGUAAGUGCCAGAAGGUCACCCAGGGUCUUUUCCAGGAAAGACACUUCCCAAACACUGACACCACAAAGAGAUAAAGCUAACCAACUGAAGGAAAUUAAAGGUUUUCCUGGGAGCAGGAAAGAUGACUCCGCAGCCUCCCUACCUUUCAUCGGAGAACCUGGAACGCUGCCAUCUCUUCCCAGCCCAAGUCAAGGUUGUCACCAGAAAACAGGAAGUAAUGAAGAGGGUUCAAGCAUCAUUAAAAAUAACCACUGGUGCUUUGAACCCACUGCUACCCCAAAAGCAGGGUCUCCAGGGGAGGCUGCUAUUUCAGACCUCGAGCGACAACAAUGUCCUUCCACCCAUUCUACCAACGGCAGCAAGCUGGCCACCAGGCACAGUGUCUCACAGGACUCUGGAGAUGUGCCAUCAGGUGUGCCCCAAGAUUCCUUACCGCUGAGUGAUUCUUUCCUUGAUGCUCUUUUGAUACCUUCUACUACCAUGUUCUCCAGGAGGCUUUCAGACCAAGAUCCAUCUCAAGAAGGAAGAGAAGAAAAAGACAAGGCUACAAGGAACCAAAAUAUCCAGCUGGCCGUAAGUUCCACAGAUAACCAAGAGAGUCGUGACGGUCCUGAACUUCUGCAUGAUGCUGUCCACUGCCAUCCGUACUCUCCCUUCAGAAACGAGAGGGGGAAGGGAAGAGUCAGACGCCACGUGUCCUGUAUUGAGAAGCUAACCAAGAUGGAGACUAGAGCGGCACCCACAAGUGACGGCAGCAGCCUCCCGGAGGACCAAAGUAGCGUCAAAGCCCCUGAGCUCAGCACAGUCUAUUGCACCUUGCCAAGAAAGCCGGCCAGCUUUCUCAUACACGGCAGACAGCAAGAGAAUAAGAGAAUGGCUGCUUCGGUAAGGAAUGGGCCACUUCCUUUCCAAAUAAAAAAUAAACUGGAUGCUCUGACUGGGAAGAGCACAUCUGAUAAACCCAGUUCUCCUAAGUCAAUGAGUGAUGCUUCAAAUUCGAUCACGGGGAUGCCUGAAGCCACCAAGAAGAUGACAGAUAUGAGAGCCAUUAGGUCCGCUUCUGUUAGAAAAGGGCCGCUCCCUUUCCUCAUCAAGAGGGCGAUAUCCUGUCCUUCCGGGGAGCCGUGUACCUUGGCUGGAAGUGAUGAAAGAGAAAAGUCACCAGUCCUGGACAUGGAUGCUUCCGCUGUAAUGCCCAGGCCUUGGGGAAGAAUCUUCAGUUCUCUGGAAGAUAACUCAUCAUUUAGAGAGAGUACUUUCACCGAAAGACACAACCAAAAGGAACUUGCUCAUGAACCCACUGGAAAGCUUGAUGAGAUGCCAGCCCCCGGAAAGAGCUCGUCCACCCUUUCAAACAAAAGCCCCAAGCCUCUGCGUGCAGACACAUCUGGAAAAGAGAGUGGGAAGGCACUACAUAAGUUUAAGACAACUAGCAUGUUCUCUGUUUCUGGUGACGAAGAGAAUGUGAAAUGUCUUGAGGUGGUUUCAAUAUAUUAUACUCUACCAAGGAAACCCAGCAAGAAAUUCUGCAGUCUCCUUCAGCAGUAUGCACAAGGUACAGAUUCACUUCGAGAUGCUUUUCAUGGAGAGACCAAAGCAUUUCCUAAUGCUUUCGAAAGUGAUGAGUUGGAUUGUCCUGCCCAAGUGCAGUCAGGAAUACCUCCACCACAAGACCUGAAGAUGCAGGUUGACUCUGCUGCAUGCUGUCAUUCUCACAGCCCUGAAAAUAAGGCUGUCUCCCAAUUACCAAAGGAGGCGGCUUCCGAAUCUACCUUGGAGGAAAUGGCUUCUGUGGGGCCAGAUGUUUCUCUUCAAAAGGGAGACCCUAAGACCAAAGAGCUUUCCCCAGGUAGCUUAGCUAAAACAAACGCGGAUGAUUCGCUAAGGAGAAAAAAGAGAGGGGGGAAAUUGCCAAGACAAAUUCUGCAGAGCCCAUCACUGCCUCAGGAAAAAAGUGUUGGAGCAGAAAACACUGAAAAUCAUCAGCAGCCUUCUAAAGGAGGAGCUGGUGGGCCCCCUGGUCUCCCAGGCCACUCAGAAGGUAAUGUGGAAAAUUCCCAAAGCAGAAGAAAUUCUGGAGCAUGUGCAGGUGGGACAGCCACUGUAUCAACAGGCAAUGGACGGUAUCCUUGGAGAGAUCACACGGCUGUAGUUGUAGAUGACAGUUCAAGUGUGUCACAGCCUCGGGAAGCCCGUGGGACAACUGGAUCAGACUGCCCAAACCUGGCUGAUAAAACGCUCUCUGACUCAGAACCAGCCUUUGCUGUAACCCCAGCAUUGCAUAAGCCGCAGCUUGCUGAAGAUACUCAGUCAGGAAGAGCAGAUCUGCGGUCAGAACCCAGGCAGGCAGGCAGUCAGGAGACAAAUACAGCGGAGAUGAGGAAGGUUAAAGAUGAAACACAGAAGUUGGCAUGGGAUCAAACUCUACUUCCUGGAGGAAAUAAUGAGAAUAAAACCAACACAGGCGAGCUAGAAGCAAAAGAAAACAGAUACUCCGGUAAACACAGACUGGCAGCCAUGUCUAAAGCGAGCAGAAAAAUCCCAGCUAAGGAUUUAAGUCCCAGGAGACACAUCGCCACUCUCUUCUCCCAAAGUGAAAGCAAAUCUGGCUUUAGGGGGUUAUCUCUUUGCAGGUCAGAGGACAGCCCACUGUCCCCUGAACCUACUGUAAAAUCCACGGAGCCCACAGAUGAAAGCAGCCUGAUGAAUGUGGACAAAUCUGAAACUCCUCUCCAAGCCACUGCAGUAGCCAACCCAGAGCCUCCUUGUCAGUCCUACAGUCAGAGGUCUGUUAACAUUUCACAACCACAUCAGAAUGAGUCUAACACUGUCUUAGGAACACCAUCAAAGAGUGAGGAUCUGGGAGAGUCAGGAGCCCCAUCUCGGCUCACACUUACCAGCCCCGUAGAAAAAAGCGCUAACCAUCAGCAGAGGUUGAGUCCCCCCUUCCCCCCGGAAUCUGUGCAGAAAUCUACAGUAAACCCAUCCCACGGUCAGCUGCGCCACUGGAGUGCCCCAUCUCCAGAGUCAGAACCUGAGCCUCACCUCUACAGGUCCAAGAGUUUAAAAAACUUCAGUGUGCAUGGUGACCGGCUGUGCACAAGCCAUCCUCCCAAAGCCAGGGGGCGCCACUUCUCUGAAAACACUUCCAUUGACUCUGCUCUCAGUCAACUGUCCCUUGAUGAUGACUCUUCCCACAACAGAGCUUACAGCCGAAGGUUCAAGUCUUUUUCUGAGCUUCCUGCCUCCGAUGAGAGUGAAAGUUGGGCUUUGUAUAACAAUAGAACUAGAUUGGGUCCCAAGUCCACCUCAUCCAUUUCCAGGCCUAUUGACUAUGGAAUUUUUGGGAAAGAGCAGCAGUUGGCUUUCUUGGAGAAUGUCAAGCGGUCACUCACACAAGGAAGAUUAUGGAAGCCAAGUUUCCUCAAGAACCCUGGCUUCCUCAAGGAUGAUGUCCUUAAUGCUUCCAACCCGUCUCAGUCAGAGCUGGUGAAUCCUGGUGGUCGGUCGCCAGAAGAUGGCUUAUUUCCAAGUGAACCACUUAAUAUCUACGAGGACGACCCAGUGGACUCAGACCGGGACACAGACACAACCACGGAUGAUGAGUACUACCUGGAUGAAAAUGAUAAAGAGUCGGAACUAUGAGACUGAAAGAAGCUGUAUGAUAUUAUACUCUUUGCUUUUUACCAAAACAUUGUUGAACUGAGUCUAAAUUUAUAGACAGGCAAAAGAAGAUCUUGUUUGGGAAGUGUCUACACCAAAACAACUCAUUCUUUUCUGUAUGUAUGUAUGGUUUUUUCUUCUGAAUUCUAAGAACAAUGAUUGCUGGUUUUGAA